AUGGGCGAGGAACCGGAGCAGAUGGAGGAGAGGGUGGUCGAGUUCCGGAAGAUUCUGGAGGACUAUUCGGCUGAGGCUUUUUGCGUGGGUGGGCAAGUGCCGUUGCGGAAGAAGUUUUCGAAGAUCGUGUGCUGGCCGGCUGUAGCUGAGGUUGCAGCUAAGUCCCCGGCAACCGAGGGCCGUUCAAGUCCAUGGGUGAUAAACCUGCUAGAAUGCACAGAGAAGGUGCUGGCGGGGCUGCAGUCAGCGGGGUCGCCAUCGCCAUUCGGGCGGGGGUCGGAGAAAGUGUUCGACGAACGUGUGCGCAAGGCCGUUGAGUUCCCGGCGGAACGGAUGGCGUCGCAGUUUGUACCGGUCUUCAACGCGGAGUUCUGCAGCAGGAUCCAACGGCUACUGGGUGGCCGCAGUUUCUUCCUCCAGCCACACAAACUGAACGUCUACGGCGAAGGCGCACACUUCGCCAAGCACAAGGACACCAUCCGUGACCCGCGCAUGGUCGCCUCCGUCGUCGUCUGCUGCCCCACGAGCUUUGAAGGGGGUGUGCUCUCACUCGUAGACAACCGUGGCAUUCAAAUCGACUUCGACUGGAGCCAGUCCGCCCUUACGCCUGGAAACAACCCCGACAGAGGCAGCGCCGACGCAGGCGGCGCCGACCGGGUCAUGAACUGGGCCUGCUUCUUCUGCGACGUGGACCACGAAGUCUCGCCGGUCACAAAGGGCACCAGGUUGACACUGACCUACGACGUGUGCAUCGACUCCACUGACAGCGAACGUGGCGACAGCGGAAGCGGCGGUGUUGUCAAGGCGGAGGUCGAGCAGGACUCUAAGGCCCAGAAAAGGUUGGCCGAGAGUCUUGGGUUUCUCUCUGGGUCUAGGCUCAAGCGGAGGCGUGGUGUGGAGGAGCAGAAGUCUGAAGUUGAGCAGAAGUCUGAGGUCGAGCAGGGCAAAGGGAACGAGGUAGCGUCACAGAUAGCGAGCAAGGUGGAGUCUCGCAGUGAGGAGCAGUUGUUAACCCUGUUGGACAAGCUGAACGGCGCGCACCGCUACGGUUACUAUCCGGCGCAUGAUUACGCCUUCGGGGCCACAGACACUUGGACGGGUGAAAGGGACUGGGAGUCGCAGCUGAAGGGUGUGGACCUGCAGUUGCACAGAGCGUUGAUGAAGCGUGGCUGGGUCGCCAAACUGUUCGCGCUGUACGCCGAGUUGGAUUUAUACGGACCCGCGAUCCACUUCAACGUCGGCCUUGACCCUGAAGACCCGGUGAGCAUGGAGGAUGCUAUUGACUCCGAAGAGUUGGAGACGUUGCGAAGCAUUACCGAACUCCGAAUGAUCAAUACCCCACAACGAGAUCCCUCUGCCAUCUAUGUGUACUCAUUCUGGUACGGAUCUACCGGUAACGAACCCUUCGAGGGACACGACUCGUACUACGCUCGAACCGUCCUCGUUUUCAGCAAGUCACCAAUCACAAACGACAGAGAUCACACAACGUUAUAA